UGCCUACCCUGCCUAUCGCUCCCGCUUACCUACCUUACCUAUAGCUUGUGCGCACCUUGCCUCUACACUAGCUCCUAUAGUUGUAUACCCUAUGGCACCUACAGUUGCGCACCUUGCGGCACCCACAGUUGCGCACCCUGCGACACCCACAGUUGCGUAUUCUGCAGCACCCACAGUUGCGCACCCUGCGGC